UCAGAAACUAGUUCCUCCGCUAUCACCUUAACUUCUUCCACUUUCACUCCCACCCUACCACUCAAGAAUACCCAAAUUUUCCUAACAACCAACUCCCAUACAUCUCGAAGGUAAGCAUACCUCCUCUCUAAUAGCACUGCAAUGAGCAACGCAACCCAAGCGACUUUAUCUCCGCCGCACGGCUCGGGAACCGAAUCCAUCCUGGAACCUAGGAGUUCAACCACAUACUCGUCCGCAGUGUGGAAGCUGCCGUCGAAUUUCUGGGUAGUGAUUAGCCUGUAGAUGUUUAUUGGAGAUCCUGUGGAUGUUCGGUCUAGCCCCGGCUUGUCGUCGAUCCUCUGAUGAUCGAGGAUCCCGACGGCGUUGAAGCAGUUGGCGUUGUUGUUGAAGCUGUUGAAAUUGUUGAAGCUUCCGGAGAGGUUGAAGCUUUUGGAGUGGCUGCUGAAGUCUCGCCGGAUGCUGCCAUCGUCGCUUCCGUAGCCGGCUUUUGCUAUCGUGCAGUUGUUGCGGCUUCUGAAUUUCGGGGCGCAAGAGGACAGGUUAGAGGAGGCUGGGAGGUAUGGUUCAGUGGGUGGGAGGCAGAGAUCUUCCUCGAGCUGAAUGGGAGCCGGUCUGGACUGCUGUGGGCUCCCGUAGGGAGGGGGCAUCGGGCGGGCCCAUAUCGGAUGUGUGGGAUCAGGCGUAUCCCUCGGAGCCAGAAGGCGACUCAUUGUAUCAACCCCACUGUUCACCACUAGAGCCCCCCUUAGAACACGCGGCAGAGAUUCAGAACCUAUCGUCACGGGAACUGAAUGCGUAGGAUGAGACCUUGGCAAGGGGAUACCAUCGAAUCUGGGAGAGGAGGUGGAUGUGCUAGCGGUCUCGAUAUCUUCACUCUCUGCACUAGUUUCGGCCGAUAUAUUAGGUAUAAAUGGAGCGGAGGAUCUGCCCUCUGACAAUGCUGAUAGAUCUCCCUCGGGUGGCGCGGGGGUCCGGAUCGGGGCCACAUCCAUAAUCUCCUCUUCCACGCCUAUAAAGCUAGUCCAUUUACUCGCCAGUGACCACCUCAUGCCAACCUCUUCACCUUCUCUCUGGACGUACUCCUGAACUCGCGCCGGAUCUCCUCCUGGAACACCGCAUUUAUCAGAAUGAAGCCAGCUUCUACCCUCUUCCAAAUCACGUAAUAACAUCCUAGCGGCGAGUUGGUGGACAGUCUCUCCCGGCUGCUUGAUGUGAGUGAUUGGAAUUGAAAGUGAGAGCUCGUCCCCGGCAAUUGUGGUCGCACUCAAAGUCACGGACUUUGCGUGCUUCAAUUGUUUAGUGGUAGGGGGGACGAGGAGGUACACUACGGACCUCUCAUAUGGGAAAAGUGGUGGGAUUUUGAAAGGUGCUUGGGUUAUCUCCGGGCCAUGUAACUUCUUCAAGUGGGCGAAUCUGUUUCCGCUAUCCUGGACGUUGGCCAAAGAUGGGGCCAGGCCCACAUCCGAUGAGCGAGGUUGCGGAGGAGAACGCCGGCGGGGCGCUACAGUAGGGUCAAACAGGUUAAUCCUCCCCGACCGUCCCGCCGGGGCUCUGACUCGUACUGGAGCCGGAUCGGCGGGGGUUAUCUGUGCUCUUGACCCAGCUCCCCCUUCACCCUCGCUCUCCGAAUCUUCCUCGUCCCCUUCCUCUUGCAAAACAUGCAACUUAUACUCCUCAAUGUGAUCCGUCAGGGCACUGUUAAGCAUCCUCACCACCUUCGCCUCUAGACCAUUUGCCAAUGCGUCACCGCCGGCCUCACCACUGGGCACAAUCUGGGAAUAUCCUCCCCCAGCAGUUGCAAUUCCCUCAACGAGUGCAUGCGACACCCUUUCUCCCACGCCCAGGCUGAAAAGCCGAAUCGCCCCACCGCUUUGCUUACGCAUUUUUUGGAUAUACUCCAGUAGCUCUGGCAACCUCCAGAUCGCUCCGUCCGUUAGAACCAUGAUUUCGGUACUCAUUCCCGGUUCCGAGUGUCUGCGGGAAAAUGCUUGCAUCAAGGGAGGUAAUAGUUCUGUCCCACCAUAACUCGCAUCAAACGUCUCGAUGUGCUCGGAUGCGGUAUUCAAGGUUCCUUCGGUGUAGGCUUUGGAGCGCUCCCAGAGCAAGGUGUUCUUACUGCCGAAGGAUAUAAUGUUGAAAAAGCAGCCUAAUGGGAGAGACUUGAGGAAUACACGGAGGGCUGAUUUUACGUGCUCGAUCGUGUCUCUCAUAGAACCGGAUCGAUCAACUAGAAAGACUAUUUCAGUAUUUUCCGGUGUCUUCGUCCCUGGCAUCUCGAAGCGGGGUGCAAGCGUUACUUUUAAAGCCUGAUGACCGGGGAUAGUUGGAUGGGUCUCUAGUAGUGCCUGGGGGGUAGAUAUGAAGUGCGGAGUCACAGUAGUGAUCAAAAGCACGAAAUCUUUCAAAAGCUCAGGAGGUGUUUGAGACAGUGUGACUAAGGCCUUCUUGGGAUCGUGCUCUUGAUUACUAGCUCUCCCUCCCCCAUUUCCAUGUUGUCCAAGCUGGACAGCUGUUGGAUGCGAAGGGCUUUCAACAGACUUUAUCGCUUCACCCAUCGUAACCUCAAUCUCCAUUCGAAGACUCUUAUUCAUUGAAACCUCCGGGCCGUUCUGCCCAAAUGCGCCCGACGGCGGUGGUCCGUACCUCGGUGCAAUCGAAAGCGGAACCGUGAACUUGAUUCCGUCGGCCUCCGCAUCGUGUGGUAGUUCCAAAAUGUACCCAAUCUCAACCUUAAUCUCUACGCUAGCGGGUAUACCCCCGAUACUAGUGGUGAAAACAUCCGGGGUGUUGUACUCCAACAGCCCCGCAAUUUGCCCGCUUCUAGUCGCGCUCUCGUAUACCCGUUUCGCAACUUCCUUCGGCUUGACGACACCGCUGAUAACCUUACUUUUACCCACUCUGCAAACAAAAGUGACGACAGAACAGUUAGCAUAAAGCGGGAAUGUGUAUGUUGCUUUUGAAAUCGGUUGGUUCCCCGGGUGGUAGAAUAUUUGUGUGAGCGUUGUCCGGGCGGCUGUCGUGAGGAUUUGACAUUGGUACGAGACUUGCACCAGCGGAAGGAAGACCUGCUGUCGCAUCGGUGAUACCGGUAGUGGAUAAUUGGGGUCCAUGUGUGCAGCUAGUUGGUGGCUAUAGCCGCCGGGUAUCGCAGUGAACUGGUUCACACCGACGCCGCCCACAAACGGAGGUUGACCUCGUUGCCGGUCGUAAAUUGGGUCGCCGGGUGGGGGUACAUCGUCUUCGGGAAAGAAGUAAAUGCCAGAAGUGGGUGGAAGUGUCAUAUUGUUUUCC